UGGAAGUGUACUGUGCAAGACAGCUUGGGCACGAGCGUCAUGCAUGGGUGUCCUGGUUGUGCUCGCACGUACACCUAGAUUCUAGCUCAAAUCCUGUCCUCGCACCAGACCAGGAUGUCCCGGCAAAUGACCGGCCGGCGGGUCGAGAUUCCUCAAAAGUUGACCUUGACCUUUGAUUACAGCAUUUGGAGCACUACAUAGCUUGCAAAACUGACGGCCCUGCGUCCUGGAGCGCCGCUGGAAGUCUACAGGACUCUGCAAGCUGUUUCUGGUCGCACACACCUCGCUCCCGUUCUGUCGCAUCCCAGGAUGUCCCAAGAUGCAGCGAUCGGCAGCGCCUACACUACUCUGCGUCGAUCGACCCGAUCAGUCAGUACGACCUCGCCAGCCUCCAAGACACCGCUUGACCUGUCCAAGUAUGCAUUUGCAUCAUCAUCAUCUUCACCGAAGCGAGUCAAGAAAGAGUCUCCCAUGACGCCCACAUCGGCGAAGACGGCUUCCACUAGCACUGCCGAUGCUUCUUCACCCUCCACCCCUCGGUCAUCGAAGCGGGCUCGAGUCAAGUUGGAGCCUAUGACUCCCGAGACUUCUGGUAUCGAGCGACCACCCACUCCGAAAUCAUCCAGCAAGAAGCCGAUGCCCCUGCUCGCACUAGACAAGCCGCACCCGGCUCCGCCAAAAUGGGAAGAGCAGUACCGUUUGAUCGAACGGAUGAGAAAGGGCAUCAUCGCUCCAGUGGAUGAUAUGGGAUGUGAACGCCCGAGAACCGCCAACGAGGUCUCGCCAAAGACACUCCGAUUCCACGUCCUCAUCUCCCUCAUGCUCUCCUCCCAGACGAAAGACGCUAUCACCUCCCAGGCAGUGACCAACCUUCAUCAGACACUACCGGGCGGAUUGACAGCCGAGUCUCUGGCUGCAGCCCCGGAAGACGUCGUUCAGUCCUGCAUCAACAAGGUCGGAUUCUGGCGCCGAAAGACGGAAUACAUACAGGAUGCUGCGAGAAAGCUCCUGGAGAGAGAAGGAGAGGAUCAGGGGGACGUACCCAAUACCUUGGAGGGUUUGUGCGAGUUGAAGGGUGUCGGACCAAAGAUGGCCUUUUUGGCAUUACAGUGUGCUUGGGAUAUUAACGCUGGUAUUGGCGUCGAUGUCCACGUCCAUCGGAUCACCAACCGGCUCCGAUGGCACAAGCCUCAGACGACGAAUCCUGAGCAGACCCGGCUAAAUUUGCAAUCAUGGCUCCCAAGUGAGCUCCAUAAACCGAUCAAUCCGAUGUUGGUGGGAUUCGGGCAGUGGGCCCUCGGUGUGACCUGUGUCUCCUGGGACAGCGCAAGCUGUGUCCCUCGCGUGUCUCGAAUGUCAAGGCUGAAGGUCGAAAAGAAGUGAGCUUCACCUUUACGACGGAAGAAGAGGAUGAGAGUGGGACGGCCAAGGUGGAGAUAAAGUAUGAGGAGAUACUGCCUACUGUCGAAGGAGAGCAGGUAGGGGAUGUGGUCAAGAAGGAAGAAAAUGAAGAUCUGGUCGAGUCCGAGGCGCCAUUACAGGUCAAGGAAGAACGGGUGUUGGAGAUAUUGGAUGAGGUUGAUG